AUGUGUUUUCAGUUCGACUGGGGUAUAACAAUGAAGACUCUUAGGACUUUACUGCUCUGUAUGGGAACCUUAUACCUCGCGUCGGCAGCUCCAGUGGCCCGGAAUAAUUCGCCACAACACGCCGAAUAUGAAUACGAUUACGACAGCUCCGCCCAGCAGGCACAGGCGCAAGAGCCUCAAGAAUCCGCCAGCCACUACGACGCCUACAUCCAAGACGUCAAAGCAGCCACAAGCGGCGACACCAAGAAAGGUUACAGCAGAGGAAGCGGUCUAAGAACUAUUGCAGUCGGUUCGGCGAAUCAAGCGAAAACAGCGCUUGGAAACCAAGCCGCGGCGGCGUAUCAAGCGGCGUAUGUGGCCAAGAAUACCCUCGCGCAGUCCGCGGCGCAGGCUAGUGCCACUGCUCAGGCGGCGUUGGCAGGAAAGCAGGUCAUCCUGUCGGGAUUAGAGCAGCAAGUCAGGGACGCCAAGGUUGCGCUCCAAGGUGAAGAAAUGCAGUUGCAACAAGCCAAGAGAGCCGCCCAGUCAGCCGCCCAGGCCGCGCAGCAAGCUAUGCAUCAGGUGAACGUGAUCCAAGCAGCCCUGAACGCAGCCCAAGCAACAUCAGAGAACGCCAACGAAGCGGCCUCCCAGGCGGCAGGUGAAUUAGGAGCUCAGACCGCCAUGGUUGGAGCUGCAAGGCAGAGGCUCCACACUCUCCAGGAACAGUUGCACGGAGUCAGAAUCGACUUCGAGGCAACGCAGUCGGCUGCUAGAAAGGCCCAGGCCGCGGCACAACAAGCUCAGGCAAACGCUGCGGAGGCUGCAGCCAAAGCGGCAGCCGCUGGUCUUGGAUCCGGGCAGCAUCACGACGCCUCACACGAAGGUACGAACCAAAAGGAGUACAAGGUAGCCCCCGGGCAGGACAGCCAGGAGUACUACUCAGAGUCGGACUACCAACACCAGUAG